UUUGGUGAUUUAAAUACCAUGUCUUCCAAGAUUAAUAUAAUAUUCCAAACUGGCGUUUUUAGGGAAGGCAUCUUAGUUGAAAAAGCUCAAUUUGAUAUAUACAAUCUUAAAAAUUUAGCCCUAUUAUUUCUGCAGCGCGUAUUUAGUUUGCAAGAACCUUUAAUUGGAAUUGGGAUUCAAGAGAAAGAUCUUAUGUUAUUUUAUCAUAAUUAUGAAUCUCCAUGUAUUUUGGAUUAUCUUACUGAUACAUUAAAUUUAACAGACAAUUCUAUGAUAGAAAUAGUAUUACGAGGAGAUAUGAAGAUGAUAUCACCUUCUCUUUACCCACAUUCUUUACAUAUACAUUCAUAUAAAUCUCCUGCAUUUUGUGAUUUUUGUGGUGAAAUGCUUUUUGGUCUGGUGCGUCAAGGAUUAAAAUGCGAAGGAUGUGGGCUGAGUUUUCACAAAAGAUGUGCUUUUAAAAUUCCUAAUAACUGUUCUCAGCUCAGAUCACGAUGUUCAUCAACCUCUACCACCCAUAAUUUAGUAUCACCUAAUAGUUCUUCAGAGUCAGUUGUUAGCACUGUUUCAGGCUCUACUGUUCUCAGUACCAAUAAUAACCUUAAUCAAUAUCCCUGUUUUAACGAUCUCUCGAAUAUUGCUUAUGCCAAUUCCAAAAACGAAGCCAAAAAUGAAUUAUUUCAUUCAACUUCUCACCGAGUUGACAAUAUGAGCCUUAAUUCGUUAUCCAAAUACAAUAGCUUAGAUCAACAUAAUCUAUCCUCACUCCCUUUCAAUUUCCAUACCCUCUCGCUCGGGGUGUUUUUAUUCAGUACGCACGAUAUAUCAAACAAUCAAAAUAGUAAUACCGCCAACGUAUUUGGCACGAGUAGUAUGUUGGGUAAACGACGAAACACGUUUAUACCUUAUAUGGGAAGACCUUUUUGGAUGGAGCGGGAAAUAGCAAAUCGUAUAAAGAUUCCUCAUACACUUAUGAUCCAUUCCUACAAGAUUCCUACCAUAUGCCAAAAAUGCAAGAAAUUGUUAUUGGGGUUAUUUAGGCAAGGCCUGCAAUGUCGUGAUUGUAAAUUUAAUAGUUGCAAAAAAUGCGCUCCUAUCCUUCAAAAAGAUUGCCAAGGAAGUCCUAUAAUUGAUGAGCCACAUUCGCCCACCUUCAGUAAUUUAACUCCAGUUCCAGCUCUUGAAGAUUUAAAAACAUCCGAUGAAAAUCAAAGCGAAGCAAAUGAUUCAUUAGUUGAAACUGAACUGGAAGAAGAAAACGAUACUUUUGAAGAACAUUUACCUGCUCAAAAAAUAACUAGUUUUCAAAGCGAUGAAAUAUUUGACAAAUUUAAAAACAAUAUUCCGUUACAAAGGAUGGUCGUGUCAUUGAAAUAUACCAAAAAACGUCAAGGUACUUUAAUUCUCAAAGAUGGUUGGAUGGUCCAUUACACGAAUCGGGAUAACACUUUAAGAAGGCACUACUGGGUGUUAGAUACCAACUCUUUGACCUUCUACAAAAACGAAAUGGAUACAAAUUUUUAUAGACGCAUAGUAUUAGACGACAUAGUAUCGGUAUUAGAUAACGAAUCUAAAGCAGCAUCUCAUAAUAGAGAUUUUAAGCGAACCCACGCUUCAUCGACCAACUUCGAAAAAAACAAUAAUUUGUUAUUUGAUCCGCCCCUUCAUUGCUUCGAAAUUGUCAUGGAAAGUGGGUUAAUAUAUUACGUCGGUGUUGAGGAAAUUGGUAAUGGUGCCCCUCUGGAAACGGGACUAGGUUACCAUAGUGCCAAACAAUGGGAAAUAUCUUUGAAACAAGCUUUGACGCCUAAACUUCGAUUUCACAGGCUGCAUAAAGGAGAUCUGCCAAAUGUUGAAGAGGAAAAUGGUAGCACGAUCAAAACGAAUAACAAAAAAGGGGAUCAUGUAUCAACUGAAGAUAAUGAUAUUCAUGUUAGAUAUUUAUGUGAAAUGGAGGAGUUCCAAAAUAAUUAUACUAUAUUUCCCAAAGAGGUGUUGGGUUCUGGUCAAUUUGGCACUGUUUACGGAGGUUUAAACAAAAAAAACGGUGGACCCAUAGCAGUGAAAGUUAUUUUGAAAUCCCGAUUUCCUAGUCAAAAAGAAUCUCAAUUGAAAAACGAAGUCAAAAUUCUUCAAACACUUUCUAACCCGGGAGUAGUAAAUCUAGAUAGAAUGUAUGAAUCAGAAGAAAAGAUUAUAGUCGUGAUGGAAAAAUUAGCCGGUGAUAUGUUAGAAAUGAUAUUAAACAAUCCCAAGGGAUUAUUGUCCGAAACUGUAGCUAGAUUUCUUGUUUAUCAAAUUUUGAUAGCUUUACGAUAUCUCCAUAACAUGAAUAUCGUUCACUGCGAUCUUAAGCCUGAGAAUGUUUUAUUAUCGUCUUACAUAGAUUUCCCACAAGUUAAAUUGUGUGAUUUUGGAUUCGCGAGAAUUAUUGGCGAAAAAUCUUUUAGAAGAUCUAUCGUAGGAACGCCAGCAUAUCUUGCGCCCGAGGUGUUAAGAAAUCAAGGCUAUAAUCGGUCAUUAGAUAUGUGGUCAGUGGGAGUCAUAAUAUAUGUUAGCUUGAGUGGUACCUUCCCUUUUAAUGAAGAAGAAGAUAUUAAUGAUCAGAUUCAAAAUGCGGCUUUUAUGUACCCCCAUAACACGUGGGAAAAUAUUAGUAACGAUGCCAGGGAUUUGAUCGAUAAUUUGUUAAGAGUUAAAAUUAGAUUAAGAUAUUCCGUCAACAAAUGUUUAAUGCACCCUUGGUUACAAAAUUAUACGACAUGGGAACAUUUGAGAAAAUUGGAACAAAAAGUUGGAAAAAGAUAUAUCACUGACGAAAUUGAUGAUAUACAUUGGAAAGCCUACAAAAAAUAACUGAAUCUCCUUUUCAAAAAAUAUUUUCCUAAAUUUGCUCAAACGAUACCUUUUUUGUCAAAAUAAAUUUAUUAUUUCAAAUUUUU